AUGGGGAAACGUAAAAGGAGAUCUGUAACUUUUAAUGGAGAAGAUAGAAUCAGUAACUUGUCAGAGCACUUAAUAGACUCGAUCUUAGAGCGGAUCCCAUUUGAAGAUGCUAUAAAAACAAGCAUCAUAUCAAAAAAAUGGAGGUACAAAUGGACUUCAAUGAAGGUGUUGACUUUUGAUGACGACUUCAAUGAAAAAAUUGCAAAAAAUGGAGCAGUUGAUUACAAUGAAUAUAUAAGCACCAUAAACCAAGUGUUAAACCUUCACAAGGGUCCAAUCUCAAAAUUUGUUAUCUAUAUACCACCUAUGUUUCUUGAUAGCUUCCAAGAAAUUGAUGAAUGGAUGAUGCUCUUAUCAAGAAACAAUGUGACAAAACUCGUUCUUACUAAUUCAAAUCGACGAUAUGAGCUUCCUUCUCAUGUGUUUUCAUGUUUAGGAUUAACAGAGUUGAUAUUGGAGAAUUGUUACUUCAAUCCACCACUUCAGUUUGAAGGGUUUCUUAAUCUUGAAGAACUUUUUCUUGAGCAUAUUGAUUUUGGGGAGAAUUUAAGUGGAAAUCAGAUCAACUUACCACAACUUAAGAAUUUGUCUUUUCUUGAGUGUAUGAAUGUUCAGAAUUUCAACAUCAAGGCUACAAAGAUGAAGAGUUUGAUUAUUACUUUUGAAGAUUUUGAUAGAGUUGAGAAGAUAAAUUCCAUCACCUUUUUAAGUAGCUUAACAAGAAUUGAAGACUUUUUAAUCGAGGGUAAUUUUCUUAAGUUUUUGUCUGCAGAAGAGAUUCCAAAGUGGCUUCCAUUAUCGAUGAACAGCUUAAAACGUUUAGUGUUGCAAGAUUUUGAAGUUGGUGAUUUGGAUCAACUUCAUGUUGCUCUUUGUUUGCUUCGAAACUCACCAAAUCUAGACACGUUACGUGUGCACUUUGAGGAGCCUCGAGAUUUUGUGGGCCUAGCUUUAGAUCAUUUGAAAGCUGCAAACUGCUUGGACUAUACACUGAAACAGUUAAGGACUGUGGAGAUAACAUGUUUAGAAGGAUUAGAAGUGGAACUGCUUUUUAUAAAGCUUCUACUUGCUCAUUCACCUAAUCUUGAGAAGAUCUCCAUUACACCAAUUGGACGUCUGAAUAUUCGAAGAAGAUUUGCGAUUGCUAAACAUGUUAUGAGGCUCCCUCGAGCCUCACCAAAAGCAGAAAUCAUCUACUUGAAUCCCGAGAAAUAG